GUUCCUUCCAAAGUUACUGUGGUGACAUGAGCGCUUUUGGGGGUUACAACGAGGACCAGGAGUCAAUUGGAAGCUACGGAAGUGAGAGAGAAUCUUUUGGAGGUUACCAGGGAGACAUGAAGUCCUGUGCUGGGGGUUACCAAGGUGACUGGAGUCAUGGAGACGGCGUACAGGCCAGUUCCGGGCGUCCUGCCAGUGUGGGAGCGGUUCAGGCGGUGGGUGACAGUUACUACCUGUCUGUGAACGUCAGCCAGUUUGAGCCGCAUGACGUGGUGGUGAUGGCCUACAACCACAGUGUAGUUAUACAUGCUGAGAAGGUCGGAGACGAUGGAACUAUUAGAGACACGUUUACCCAUAAGUCAUUGCUGCCGGAGGACAUGGACCCUUUGUCGGUGAGCGGCACUCUGACACCGGAGGGAACUCUCGUGAUCAGUGUGAGACGCAGCUCCAAGCCUCUGACCUCUGUGACCUCUGCCUUCCACUCCGAAGCCCACCUUUGAACUCCGACCU